AUGAGUGAGAAAGAAGAGGUAGAGAGGGGGACAGAAGACUAGCUCAUCUCCACUCUGUUGUAGAGACUGGAUCUAUUCCCCUGGUUCAGUAGGGUGAGACUGGACUGCUGUCUAGAACACCUGAGCAAACGUCCAUUCAAUGUCUUGUGGGUAAGUACUAUCUAUAGACACAGUUAGCAUGUGAAGCUCACAGGUGUGAAAGGGGAAGAGAGCCCAACUCAAACUGCUGCAGGUGUUUUGUUUCAAUAACCUGUAUGUUUGUGUGUCUGCAAUUCCUGGUGUUAACCACUGUUCUAACACCUGCAGUACAAACGUCUGUUAGUCUGCAUGUGUGUGCGCGUGCGUUCUCGCUCGCAUGCUUGUGUAUGUAUACUCUAGCCUUCUGUAAUGUAUGUAUUUUAAGAUAUUACAAAUAAUAUGUGGGAGUACUAAUCAUUAUGUUCUCAUUGGCUGAUCAUUCUGAGUGUACACCUUCCUAUUAUUGAGUUGCACCCGCUUUUGUCCUCAGAAAAGCCUCAAUUAGACUCCUGCACUCUACAAGGUGUCAAAAGCAUUCCACAGGGAUGCUGGCCCAUGUUGACUUCAAUGCUUCCCACAGUUGUAUCAAGUUGGAUGGAUUUUCUUUUGGGUGGUGGACCAUUUUUGAUACACACAGGAAACUGUUGAAUGUGAAAAACCCAGCAGCGUUGCAGUUCUUGACACAAACCGGUGCGCCUGACACCUACGACCAUACUGCGUUCAAAGGCACUUCAAUCUUUUGUCUUGCCAUUCACCCUCUGAAUGGCACACUUGCUCAAUCCAUGUCUCCAGGCUUAAAACCCCUUCUUUAUCCUGUCUCCUCCCCUUCAUCUACACUGAUUGAAGUGGAUUUAACAGGUAACAUCAAUAAGGGAUCAUAGCUUUCACCUGGAUUCACCUGGUCAGUCUAUGUCACAGAAUCUUUUGUAUACUCAGUGUAUUUACAUAUAUUUAAAUCUCACUGUUAAAGGUCCAUGCAAGAGAAACAUGAUUUGCAAGUCAAAGUGAUAGCCCUGGAAGAGUUUUGUUUUGACAAUAGUUACUGUCAGACAUGGCUCUCACCUUGGGGUCUUUUUCUUUGUUCUUUUUUCAUUUGACCAUUUCCACACAUACUGUACAUAAAACAGAAUGAUUGUUAUUUAUUUCAAACCCAUCCCUCACCAGUGGAGGCUGCUGAGGGGAGGACGGCUCAUAAUAAUGGCUGGAACGGAGUAAAUGCAAUGGCAACAAACACAUGGAAACCAUGUGUGUUUUACAUUUACAUUUACAUUUACGUCAUUUAGCAGACGCUCUUAUCCAGAGCGACUUACAAAUAGGUGCAUUCACCUUAUAGCCAGUGGGAUAACCACUUUACAAUGUUUUUUUUUGGAGGGGGGGGGGGGGGGGGGGGGGUAGAAGGAUUACUUUAUCCUAUCCCAGGUAUUCGUUAAAGAGGUGGGGUUUCAAAUGUCUCCGGAAGGUGGUGAGUGACACCGCUGUCCUGGCGUCGUGAGGGAGCUUGUUCCACCAUUGGGGUGCCAGAGCAGCGAACAGUUUUGACUGGGCUGAGCGGGAACUAUGCUUCCGCAGAGGUAGGGGAGCCAGCAGGCCAGAGGUGGAUGAACGCAGUGCCCUCGUUUGGGUGUAGGGACUGAUCAGAGCCUGAAGGUACGGAGGUGCCGUUCCCCUCACUGCUCCGUAGGCAAGCACCAUGGACUUGUAGCGGAUGCGAGCUUCAACUGGAAGCCAGUGGAGUGUGCGGAGGAGCGGGGUGACGUGAGAGAACUUGGGAAGGUUGAACACCAGACGGGCUGUGGCAUUCUGGAUGAGUUGUAGGGGUUUAAUGGCACAGGCAGGGAGCCCAGCCAACAGCGAGUUGCAGUAAUCCAGACGGGAGAUGACAAGUGCCUGGAUUAGGACCUGUGCCGCUUCCUGUGUAAGGCAGGGUCGUACUCUCCGAAUGUUGUAGAGCAUGAACCUACAGGAUAUUUUUAUUUGAUUUUAGAUUUUUAAUCCCAGCCCCCGUCCCCGCAGGAGGCCUUUUGCCUUUUGGUAGGCCAUCAUUGUAAAUAAGAAUUUGUUCUUAACUGACUUGCCUAGUUAAAUAAAGGUUAAAUAAAAAAAGGGGGUUUGAUGUAUUUGAUACCAUUUCACCCAUUCUGCUCCAGCCAUUACCACAAGCCCGUCCUCCCCAAUUAAGGUGACCCAACCUCCUGUGUCCCACCCUUCCCUUCAGAGGACAAAAGCAGUCUUGUUUUAGACACAUAUCUUGUUUUUUAACAUAUCUUUUUCUACAUACAUGCCAAUUUUCCACACAGUAUUACAUGACAAAAAGGUGAAUCCAGGUGAAAGCUAUGAUCCCUUAUUGAUGUCCACUUCAAAUCAGUGUAGAUGAAGGGAAGGAGACAGGUUAAAUAAUAUUAGUUAAGCCUUGAGACAAUUGAGACAUGGAUUGUGUAUGUGUGCCAUUCAGGGGGUGAAUGGGCAAGAAAAAAGAUUGAUGUGCCUUUGAACGGGAGAUGGUAGUAGGUGCCAAGCGCACCGGUUUGAGUGUGUCAAGAACUGCAACGCUGCUGGGUUUUUCACGCUCAACAGUUUCCCGUGUGCAUCAAGAAUGGUCCACCUCCCAAAGGACAUCCAGCCAACUUGACACAACUGUGGAAAGCAUUGGAGUCAACAUGAGCCAGCAUCCCUGUGGAACGCUUUUGACACCUUGUAGAGUCCAUGCCCCGACGAAUUUGAAGCUGUUCUGAGGGCAAAAGGGGGUGCAACUCAAUAUUAGGAAGGUGUAUGUGUUAUCCUGUAGGGCUGGGAAUUGCCAGGGGCCUCACGAUACGAUAUUAUCAUGAUACUUAGGUGCCAAUACGAUAUGUAUUGCGAUUCUCACCAGUCCCUCAUCACUACUAGUCAGUGUGAGAGUGUGUGUCCUUUCAUUGAAGGCAGGUCAUCAUCACUUGGACUUUAGGUGAGAGAAAUACACGUGUAUGUGUGUUAGUCAGUGUGUGUGAGUGUGUGUACAUAUGCUGAAGGAGUGACUGGAUGAAGGUAUGUCAUCACUUGGUAUGUGUGUAUUAGUCAGUGUGUGUGAAACUGUGUGGCAAGUGGUCAUUACUUUUGGGUGUUAGAAAUGAUAUACAACAGCAACAUGACUCAACAGGGAAAAUACAUUAUCACCACCAGCUCUCAGCUCUGUACAUGUAUCACCAGAGCCUGAAAAGCAGAGAGAAAGAUGGAGAAUUUCACGGCUGUCUUCCCGUGUAACAAACUUCACAGGUUCAUCAGCCUCCCCCUCUAGUGUUCAGAUUGUAGAUUUUACAGUGUGAAAAACACAAUGAGGUUCUGAUGUUCCUCUCUCAGCUCCUAAUUAGAAAAGUGGGUCUGUCUCUGUCUCUCACUUCCUUCCGGUCUUCUCACCUUGGUGGGGCUCUGUCUAAAAAACAAAUGUAUUUAACAUUUAUGUGGUAAUAUUUGACAUAUAUGCAUAUUAUAUAUAACUCACACCAAACACAAAAAGGCAUUCAGACAUGCAGGAUACACGGUGCUCUCGGCCCCAGCCACUACAGAUCAGGAGCUUUAAUUCCCACCCCUCGGCUACUCUCUGCUGCUUUGCAUGUUAGUCAUAUUGUAAUUUGUAACACUAACUUGAACAGGCAGUCGUGUUCAAGCUGUAAAGUUAUACAGCCCUGCUUUGUUGCUAUGCUGCUUCCGUAGCCACACGAGCUGGCUGUUGCAUUGUGGGAAGAGUAGUUUCAGUUUCAAGCUCUAACAGACUUCUGUGGACAAGACUUUAGUAUAGAUGUAGCCAACCUCUUUUUGUAACAUGGUCACGUGUUGUAUUGCUUGUCACAUUAACAGUGUUGUGUAGUUGCUAUCCUGACUGUAGUUAUGUGUGUGUGCUGCUAGUUGUUACUGAAAAUAAGGAAGUGUAAUGCGAACAUGACCUUUGUGCAUCAAACACAAAUGGUUAGACACACACACGCGCGCACACACAUACACACACACACAGCGGGAAGAAGAGAACAGACACACACAGACAGAAGAGGGGAGGAGUGGAGGACAGGUGGGUUAGAAGGAAAGAGAGAGAAUGAGAAGAACAGAGAAAUCUAUGAAUAGUUUAACCAGUAUAUGCUUGAGGGGCUAGUGUGUUUUUCAUUCCUGUUAGUGGUGGUGUGCAGACCCUUAGUUUACCUUUUAAAGGUGCUCUCUCUCUCUCUCUAGUUCAUUAUCUAAUUGAGGAACAGUGUAUGGUAUGACAUAUUCAGAGUAAACACUAGUGUUGCUAUGAUCAUUCUGGGGGGAUAGAGAUGUGACAUUAGAUUGAGGCAAGGAGAGUUAUAGUACAAUUUUAAAAGAUGAAUACUAAGUAUUUUUAUUGCGUUAACAUUUAUAAAGUAUCUCUAUCUGUAAGAGAUUCCGGCCUGUCAGCAAUUAUUGUUCCUGUCUGUCUCUUGCUUUCACUGUUUUAUGAAAAGAGCCACAAAAAGGAAGGAAGGAGCGCGAGUGUCUCAGAACGACAGAGAGAGAAAACGAGAAAAGAGGGGAGGGACAUAUAUGAACCUGUCAGCAAGAGUGUUGCUUGUUUUCAGAAGGAGCUGAGAACAGUAAGAUGUGUUUACUUUUCUACCUAACGUGAGAUAUAUAGAGAAGGAGAAAGAGAGGAAAGGUUUGAUGAACAGAUGAGUGUGGGAGUAAAAGAGGAAGGGAAGACAGGUUGAUCGGAGGGGUGGUCUUUGCGUAUGUGAUGUUGAAUGAGAGAAAUAAAGGGAGAAAUACAGCAAACUAAUGUGUGGAGGAAGGCAGUUAGAGAGAGAGAAAGGGAUGAUAAUGGAAGUAAAACAAGAUUGUUUAGGAGUACAUUUGCAUUUACUUAAUAACUGGCAAGAUGUUGCAAAUUUAGAAAGGGCAUGAAGAUGUCUCAGUUACAAUGUACAGUAUUUGUUACAUGACCAUGCAUUACAAUUUGCUAGCCUUGAGGUUGUACCUGUAAGUGUACCCUCAUUAUCCUGUCUCCUUCUCUUUGGGCCCAGAAGAAGUGAAGGUGAAAAUGGUUCGGUGAGUUGAACUCCCCCCUCUCAAGACUCUUACACUCAGUUGCUCAACCCUGGUCUUGAUCUGCCUUUGCCUAACGCGUGAUGUCAACUUCUCUCUUUCUUUUCCUUGUUCUCUCCGUUCCUUUACCAUCAGUACUUUGUCCUUUAGUCUUUUCUGCUGUCUUGUGUGUUCAUGCGUAACGUUUUGUUUUUAAACUCUAAGAAUUCCCAGCUAUUUUGCAGUAGUUUUUCAAAUUCUUGAAAUGUUGCCCAAUUCUGACUGAUUCUACAUUUGCAUCCUACUGUUAGUCUAUCAAUAACUUGACCAUGUCUUGUGUAGCUAGCUACAUCUACACUGAAACCUGGCAACAGAUAUCAAUGUGAUGGUCCACUUGCGAGUGAGAGGUUGUCGAAAGAAAGAUAAUAGAUUGUACAUUUACAAUCAUCAAUCAUUCCCUUUAAUUUAGAAAGCAUUAUCAGUCCUACCUCUCAGACGUGUGAUACUAUACAGUGAGGGAUAAAAGUAUUUGAUCCCCUGCUGAUUUUGUACGUUUGUCCACUGACAAAGAAUUGAUCAGUCUAUCAUUUUAAUGGUAGGUUUAUUUGAACAGUGAGAGACAGAAUAACAACAACAAAAUCCAGAAAAACGCAUGUCAAAAAUGUUAUAAAUUGAUUUGCAUUUUAAUGAGGGAAAUAAGUAUUUGACCCCCUCUCAAUCAGAAAGAUUUCUGGCUCCCAGGUGUCUUUUAUACAGGUAACGAGCUGAGAUUAGAAGCACACUCUUAAAGGGAGUGCUCCUAAUCUCAGCUUGUUACCUGUAUAAAAGACACCUGUCCACAGAAGCAAUCAAUCAAUCAGAUUCCAAACUCUCCACCAUGGCCAAGACCAAAGAUCUCUCCAAGGAUGUCAGGGACAAGAUUGUAGACCUACACAAGGCUGGAAUGGGCUACAAGACCAUCGCCAAGCAGCUUGGUGAGAAGGUGACAACAGUUGGUGCGAUUAUUCGCAAAUGGAAGAAACACAAAAUAACUGUCAAUCUCCCUCGGCCUGGGGCUCCAUGCAAGAUCUCACCUCGUGGAGUUGCAAUGAUCAUGAGAACGGUGAGGAAUCAGCCCAGAACUACACGGGAGGAUCUUGUCAAUGAUCUCAAGGCAGCUGGGACCAUAGUCACCAAGAAAACAAUUGGUAACACACUACGCCGUGAAGGACUGAAAUCCUGCAGCGCCCGCAAGGUCCCCCUGCUCAAGAAAGCACAUAUACAGGCCCGUCUGAAGUUUGCCAAUGAACAUCUGAAUGAUUCAGAGGAGAACUGGGUGAAAGUGUUGUGGUCAGAUGAGACCAAAAUGGAGCUCUUUGGCAUCAACUCAACUCGCUGUGUUUGGAGGAGGAGGAAUGCUGCCUAUGACCCCAAGAACACCAUCCCCACCGUCAAACAUGGAGGUGGAAAGAUUAUGCUUUGGGGGUGUUUUUCUGCUAAGGGGACAGGACAACUUCACCGCAUGAAAGGGACGAUGGACAGGGCCAUGUACCGUCAAAUCUUGGGUGAGAACCUCCUUCCCUCAGCCAGGGCAUUGAAAAUGGGUCGUGGCUGGGUAUUCCCACAUGACAAUGACCCAAAACACACGGCCAAGGCAACAAAGGAGUGGCUCAAGAAGAAGCACAUUAAGGUCCUGGAGUGGCCUAGCCAGUCUCCAGACCUUAAUCCCAUAGAAAAUCUGUGGAGGGAGCUGAAGGUUCGAGUUGCCAAACGUCAGCCUCGAAACCUUAAUGACUUGGAGAAGAUCUGCAAAAAGGAGUGGGACAAAAUCCCUCCUGAGAUGUGUGCAAACCUGGUGGCCAACUACAAGAAACGUCUGACCUCUGUGAUUGCCAACAAGGGUUUUGCCACCAAGUACUAAGUCAUGUUUUGCAGAGGGGUCAAAUACUUAUUUCCCUAAUUAAAAUGGAAAUCAAUUUAUAACAUUUUUGACAUGUGUUUUUCUGGAUUUUUUUGUUGUUAUUCUGUCUCUCAUUGUUCAAAUAAACCUACCAUUAAAAUUAUAGACUGAUCCUUUCUUUGUCAGUGGGCAAACGUACAAAAUCAGCAUGGGACCAAAUACUUUUUUCCCUCACUGUACUUAGUAACAGGUCGUUCUGUAGAAUAAGCUAGUAUAGUAGCCACUGAAUGAAAAGCUGGUGCGUUGUGGUGAGGUGUGUUCUGUGGGUUUGUAAGUAGGUGGUCUGUCUGUCAUCUCUUAGGCCUUAUGCAGGCUUUACCAUUCAAAUGUUAUGCUAGUUCUUUGCCUUGAAACAAUAUUGUAUACUUGUGAACUUCAAAAAGGUUGCAAUAAUGCUGUGAAGACUACUCUCUACCUAGUACUAUGUUAAUCUAUGACCUGAUAAUGGUAUGCAGGGUUUUGAAAUGGGAUUAAACAGACACACUGUGAUUUAACUAAUCUUUAUUACCACGUCUCAUAUAAUUUCCCACUGAGGGAAGAAACUGAGUAUCAAAGAGAUGAUGUGGCUCAGUGGACAGGUGUGUGUGUGGUUUGUAUAUACUGUACAGUCAUGGUCAAACAUUUUGAGAAUGACACAAGUAUUGGUCUUCACAAAGUUCGCUGCUUCAGUGUUAUGAGAUAUUUUUGUCAGAUGUUACUAUGGUAUACUGAAUUAUAAUUACAAGCAUUCCAUAAGUGUCAAAGGCUUUUAUUGACAAUUACAUUAAGUUUAUGCAAAGAGUCAAUAUUUGCAGUGUUGACCCUUCUUUUUCAAGACCUCUGCAAUCCGCCCUGGCAUGCUGUCAAUUAACUUAUGGGCCACAUCCUGACUGAUGGCAGCCCAUUCUUGCAUAAUCAAUGCUUGGAGUUUCUCAGAAUUUGUGGGAUUUUGUUUGUCCACUCGCCUCUUGAGGAUCGACCACAAGUUUUCAAUAGGAUUAUGGUCUGGGGAGUUUCCUGGCCAUGGACCCAAAAUGUCAAUGUUUUGUUCCACAAGCCACUUAGUUAUCACUUUUGCCUUAUGGCAAGGUGCUCCAUCAUGCUGGAAAAGGCAUUGGUCGUCACCAAACUGUUCUUGGAUGGUUGGGAGAAGUUGCUCUCGAAGGAUGUGUUGGUACCAUUCUUUAUUCAUGGCUGUGUUCUUAGGCAAAAUUGUGAGUGAGCCCACUCCCUUGGCUGAGAAGCAACCCCACACAUGAAUGGUCUCAGGAUGCUUUACUGUUGGCAUGACACAGGACUGAUGGUAGCGCUCACCUUGUCUUCUCCGGACAAGGUGUUUUCCGGAUGCCCCAAACAAUCGGAAAGGGGAUUCAUCAGAGAAAAUGACUUUACCCCAGUCCUCAGCAGUCCAAUCCCUGUACCUUUUGCAGAAUAUCAGUCUGUCCCUGAUAUUUUUCCUGGAGAGAAGUGUCUUCUUUGCUGCCCUUCUUGACACCAGGCCAUCCUCCAAAAGUCUUCGCCGCACUGUGCGUGCAGAUGCACUCACACCUGCCUGCUGCCAUUCCUGAGCAAGCUCUGCACUAGUGGUGCCCCGAUCCCACAGCUGAAUAAACUUUAGGAGGGUCCUGGCGCUUGCUGGACUUUCUUGGGCGCCCUGACUCCUCCUUCACAACAUUUGAACCUCUCUCUUUGAAGUUCUUGAUGAUCCGAUAAAUGGUUGAUUUAGGUCGAAUCUUACUAGCAGCAAUAUCCUUGCCUGUGAAGCCCUUUUUGUGCAAAGCAAUGAUGACAGCACGUGUUUCCUUGCAGGUAACCAUGGUUAACAGAGGAAGAACAAUGAUUUCAAGCACCACCCUCCUUUUAAAGCUUCCAGUCUGUUAUUCUAACUCAAUCAGCAUGACAGAGUGAUCUCCAGCCUUGUCCUCGUCAACACUCUCACCUGUGUUAACGAGAGAAUCACUGACAUGAUGGCAGCUGGUCCUUUUGUGGCAGGGCUGAAAUGCAGUGGAAAUGUUUUUUGGGGAUUAAGUUCAUUUUCAUGGCAAAUCACUCUUCAUAACAUUCUGGAGUAUAUGCAAAUUGCCAUCAUCAAAACUGAGGCAACAGACUUUGUGAAAAUUAGUAUGUGUGUCAUUCUCAAAACUUUUGACCACGACUGUAUGUAUAUGUGUGUAAUGUGUUUCUCUCUGUGUAUCCAGGUGGUUCCACAGGGAUAUCUCUGGCGUGGAGGCUGAGUCUGUUUUGAAGACCCGAGGCGUCCAUGGCAGCUUCCUGGCCCGACCCAGCAGGAAGAACCAGGGAGACUUCUCUCUCUCUGUCAGGUAGGAAUACACUCCAUAUCUUUCUUUGUCCUUAUCUCUCUCUCUCUCUGUCUGUCAGCUAGGAUAUCCUCUCUCUCUCUUUCUCCUUCUCUCUCCGUCAGGUAGGAUAGGAACACUUUCUAUCUCUCUCUUUCUUCUUCUCUCUCUCUCUCCGUUAGCUAGGACAUCCUCCAUCUCUCUCUUUCUCCUCCUUUCUCUCUGUCAGGUAGAGGUACACUCCAUCUCUUUUUCUCCUUCUUUGUCUCUCCUUCUCUCAACCUACAGUGUCUUCGGAAAGUAUUCAAACCCCUUGAACUUUUCCACAUAGACUUUUUCCACAUUUUGUUGUGUUACAAAGAGGGAUUCAAAUAGAUUUAAUUGUUAUUUUAUGUAAUCAUUGCUAGACAACCAUUUUCAGGUCUUGCCAUAGAUUAUCAAGCAGAUUUAAGUCAAAACUGUAACUAGGCCACUCAGGAACAUUCACUGUCCUUUUGGUAAGCAACUCCAGUGAAGAUUUGGUCUUGUAUUUUAGGUUAUUGUACUUCUGAAAGCUAAAUUCCUCUCUCAGUGUCUGGUAGAAAGCAGACUGAACCAGGCAUUCCUCUAGGAAUUUGCUUGUGCUUAGCUCCAUUCCUUUUCUUUUUUAUCCUGAAAAACUCCCCAGUCUUUAACGAUUACAAGCAUACAUAUAACAUGAUGCAGCCACCACUAUGCUUGAAAAUGUGGAGAGUGGUACUCAGUAAUGUGUUGUAUUGGAUUUGCCCCAAACAUAACAUUACCUUGUUGCAAACAAGAUGCAUGUUUUGGAAUACUUUUUUUCCUUUACAGGCUUCCUUCUUUUCACUCUGUCAAUUAGUUUAGUAUUGUGGAGUAACUGCAAUGUUGUUGAUCCAUCCUCCGUUUUCUCAUUCAGUGGGGAAAAAAAGUAUUUAGUCAGCCACCAAUUGUGCAAGUUCUCCCACUUAAAAAGAUGAGAGAGGCCUGUAAUUUUCAUCAUAGGUACACGUCAACUAUGACAGACAAAUUGAGAAAAAAAUAUCCAGAAAAUCACAUUGUAGGAUUUUUUAUGAAUUUAUUUGCAAAUUAUGGUGGAAAAUAAGUAUUUGGUCACCUACAAACAAGCAAGAUUUCUGGCUCUCACAGACCUGUAACUUCUUCUUUAAGGGGCUCCUCUGUCCUCCACUCGUUACCUGUAUUAAUGGCACCUGUUUGAACUUGUUAUCAGUAUAAAAGACACCUGUCCACAACCUCAAACAGUCACACUCCAAACUCCACUAUGGCCAAGACCAAAGAGCUGUCAAAGGACACCAGAAACAAAAUUGUAGACCUGCACCAGGCUGGGAAGACUGAAUCUGCAAUAGGUAAGCAGCUUGGUUUGAAGAAAUCAACUGUGGGAGCAAUUAUUAGGAAAUGGAAGACAUACAAGACCACUGAUAAUCUCCCUCGAUCUGGGGCUCCACGCAAGAUCUCACCCCGUGGGGUCAAAAUGAUCACAAGAACGGUGAGCAAAAAUCCCAGAACCACACGGGGGGACAUAGUGAAUGACCUGCAGAGAGCUGGGACCAAAGUAACAAAGCCUACCAUCAGUAACAUACUACGCCGCCAGGGACUCAAAUCCUGCAGUGCCAGACGUGUCCCCCUGCUUAAGCCAGUACAUGUCCAGGCCUGUCUGAAGAUUGCUAGAGUGCAUUUGGAUGAUCCAGAAGAGGAUUGGGAGAAUGUCAUAUGGUCAGAUGAAACCAAAAUAUAACUUUUUGGUAAAAACUCAACUCGUCGUGUUUGGAGGACAAAGAAUGCUGAGUUGCAUCCAAAGAACACCAUACCUACUGUGAAGCAUGGGGGUGGAAACAUCAUGCUUUGGGGCUGUUUUUCUGCAAAGGGACCAGGACGACUGAUCCGUAUAAAGGAAAGAAUGAAUGGGGCCAUGUAUCGUGAGAUUUUGAGUGAAAACCUCCUUCCAUCAGCAAGGGCAUUGAAGAUGAAACGUGGCUGGGUCUUUCAGCAUGACAAUGAUCCCAAACACACCGCCCGGGCAACGAAGGAGUGGCUUUGUAAGAAGCAUUUCAAGGUCCUGGAGUGGCCUAGCCAGUCUCCAGAUCUCAACCCCAUAGAAAAUCUUUGGAGGGAGUUGAAAGUCUGUGUUGCCCAGCGACAGCCCCAAAACAUCACUGCUCUAGAGGAGAUCUGCAUGGAGGAAUGGGCCAAAAUAGUGUGUGAAAACCGUGUGAAGACUUACAGAAAACGUUUGAACUGUGUCAUUGCCAACAAAGGGUAUAUAACAAAGUAUUGAGAAACUUUUGUUAUUGACCAAAUACUUAUUUUCCACCAUAAUUUGCAAAUAAAUAAAUUAAAAAUCCUACAAUGUGAUUUUCUGGAUUUUUUUUCCUCAUUUUGUCUGUCAUAGUUGACGUGUACAUAUGAUGAAAAUUACAGGCCUCUCAUCUUUUUAAGUGGGAGAACUUGCACAAUUGGUGGCUGACUAAAUACUUUUUUUCCCCACUGUAUCACAGCCAUUAAACUCUGUAACUGUUUUAAAGUCACCAUUGGCCUCAUGGUGAAAUCCCUGAGCGGUUUCCUUCCUCUCCAGCAACUGAGUUAGGAAGUACGCUUGUAUCUUUGUAGCUACUGGGUGUAUUGAUACACCAUCCAAAGUGUCAUUAAUAACUUCACCAUGCUCAAAGGAAUAUUAAACGUCUGCUUUUUUCAUUUUUACCCAUCUACCAAUAGGUGCCCUUCUUUGUGAGGCAUUGGAAAACCUCCCUGGUCUUUGUGGUUGAAUCUGUGUUUGAAAUUCACUGCUCGACUGAGGGACCAUACAGAUAAUUGUAUGUGUGGGGUACAGAAAUGAGGUAGUCAUUCAAAAAUCAUGUUAAACACUAUUAUUGCACACAGAGUAAGUCCAUGCAACUUAUGUGACUUGGUAAGCACAUUUUUACUCCUGAACUUAUUAAGGCUUGCCAUAACAAAGGGGUUGAAUUCUUAUUGACUCAAGACAUUUCAGCUUUUUAUUUGUAAAUAAUUUGUCAAACAUUUGAAAAACAUAAUUCCACUUUGAUAUUAUGGGGUAUUGUGUGUAUUCCAGUGACCAAAAAAAAAUCGACAUUUAAUAAAAUGUAAUACAUUUGAAUUUCAGGAUCUAACAACUAAAUGUGGAAAAAGUCAAGGGGUGUGAAUACUUUCUGAAGGCACUGUAUGUUAACCCAAAGCGUUUCGCUACACCCGCAAUAACAUCUGCUAAAUAUGUGACCAAUAAAAAUUGAUUUGAUCAAAUUUGAUUUACAGUAUAUCAUCUCUACUCACUCGUCCUUUCCUCUCUCCUUAUCUUGCCCUCCGUCAGGUACAGAUACACUGCAUCUCUCGUUCUCUCCUUUUUUUUUUAAAUAAUUUUUUUACUUAAAACUAGCUUAGGAAGAAUUGUCUACUGUCACUGACUGGCCCAUGAAUGUCCUCUGAUCUUUGACCCCAGGGUGGGUGAGCUGGUGACCCACAUCCGUAUCCAAAACACAGGGGACUUCUACGACCUGUAUGGAGGGGAGAAGUUUGCCACGUUGUCCGAGCUGGUGGAGUACUACACUGCAGAGAACGGGAUCCUGCAGGACAAAGAUGGCACCAUCAUCGAGCUCAAAUACCCCCUCAACUGCUCCGACCCCACCACUGAGAGGUCAGUGCACUCUCAUCUCUAACCUUUACCCUUUACCCUUUACCCCUAAUACCACCAGAGUCAGUCAGUCAAGUCCGUGUACUCUUGCCUCAAACCGCUAACCCAUAACUUUACCAUUCAGAGGCCUGUGCUCUUCUUUCAAACUGCAUGUCUAUCAAACUGAAGCAGAUCAUAUCAAAUGCUCCUGAGACAUUUAACAUCCAGGCAUUUUGCAAUUAAUAAUUUGCUAAAUGUUUAUGUUGAGGAUCAUAAGGCUUUCAGAAGGAAAGGUAAUUCUUUGGCCUUUACUUUGAGGCGUAUGCGUGCGUGCGUGCGUGCGUGUGUAAAUCCCUCAUGUUCUGCCCUCACUGCCCCUCCUUUCGCCGCUCUCUUUUCUCUCUCUCCCUCUGUCAGUUUGACUUCCCUUUCUUGCUGCGGUUGGAAACUUUAGGUUUUGACACAUUUGAAAACAGUGACCAGAACCACCUUACCUUCCUCUCCUAACCUCCAUCUCAGUCUUGCUCUGUUUUAGUCUUUCUGAUCUCUUUCUCGAUACCCAUAUCACAGGUUCUGCUGUGAUGGUAUGCUUUAUAGUUCAAUGUUAAUGCAGAUGUGUCAGGCUAUGAUAAUUAUGCCUCUAACUUUCUCACUCAUCAUUAUUCACAAUUCAUUCAUGAUUAUCCGUAAUCAUGGUAGCAUCCACAUUAAUGUAGAAGUGUUUAGAAACAUAUUAUAUUCUUAUUUACAAUAAAAGUGACUCCAAAAAGACAAAAUACAUGAUUUACCAUUAAUUUCUAUUGUUCACAAAAUAAUCUGAAACACAACCAAAACAAACUGCAAAUGCAUCCAACAAAUAAGUAGUCACAAGCUUGAUGUAGUCAUUGCAUGCUAGGAAUAUGGGGCCUAAACUUAACUACUUUAAUACACAUAAGUGAAUUAGGGGGGACUAUGUAAAAAAAGUGCUGCAAUUUCUAAACGGUUCACCCGAUAUGGAUGAAAAUACCUUCAAAUUCUGCACUUUAACCUCAUAGUCAUUGUAUCACUUCAAAUCCAAAGUGCUGGAGUACAGAGCAAAUCAAUAAAUAUAGUGUCGCUGUCCAAAUACUUUGACCUCACUGUAUAUCGAAUUUGGCAGAUGCAUCCACGCUACUGUGUCUAUCUCUAUUCCUAGAAAGGAGGAUAACUGAAGUAGUAUUUCAUGCAAGUGGAGGACACCCCCAACAUAGCAGUAUUCUUAUCUGGGUUAGAGUUUUAGUACAUUCUACAGAGAUAGAUAACUUUGUGAAUGUACAGUUAUUCAUACUGUGAUAAAUUGUCUGGUAAACAGAUUCAUCCAGGGCCAAGAACAUGACAGAACAUAGUGUUAUAAAGAGGAGGGAGGGGGGGGGGGGGGUGGGGGGGGGGUUGUGUGAGGCUCAGGCUAUAAAUAUCCUGUUGUCUUGAGCAACGAAAUCUUGUCAUCAGAAUUUUCCGACUGCAAAGCAGGAAGUUCAGAUGAAGAAAUCGAGAACUGUGCCUAAAUUUAAACAGCAGGCAGCACUCAGAGACGAUCUCCAUACUAACAGUGUAAACUCUCCCAGAGACAGUUACAUGCAUGCAAACACACAUUCACACACACUAUACUCACAGGACAGAAAUACUUGCAUAAACCCACAUACAGUGCAUCUGUACAGGCCGUAAAUACACAUUAGUAACCAAAAUGUCCACAACCAUUUAUUAAAGUCCUCUACCACUUUGCAACACAGUUACAGUACAUUAACGCUCGCUUUCACCGUCUGUCCGGUAGCACUGAACAGGCUGCACACCGUACUUUUACAGUAUAGUACUAUACAGACCUGUUCUAACACACCGGCUUCUGCUUUAUGUGCUGCUUAUCAUAACUAUGAUUAGCUGAAUCAUGUGUUAGAGCAGGGCUGGAGCAAAAGCCUGUACACACAGCAGUUCUCCAGGAGGAGGGUUGUCCAACCCUGGUGUAGGGCAUAGUGAUGUCUCCAUUAGAGCUUCAUUGACCCCUUCUCUAUCAUACACCAUACAGGUGGUAUCACGGACACAUGUCAGGCCCCAACGCAGAGAAGUUGCUAUGGGAACGGGAUGAGCCGGGCACCUUCCUGAUGCGUGAGUCUCUGUCCAAACCUGGAGACUUUGUUCUGUCUGUUCUGACUGAGGAGAAGAGCAAGGCAUCCAACAGAGGGAGGAGGGUCUCACACAUCAAGAUCAUGUGUCAGGUGUGUGUGUAUGUGUGUUUGUAUGUGUGUGUGUGCGUGCGUGCAUGAGUGUGUGCGAGCGUGUGAGAAUGUUUGUGUGGUUUUCUCUCUCUAACUCACAUUCACUAUUAUAAUUCACAUUGCAAUCUUUGCUAUAGUUUUUCCCAUAUCUGA